AUGAGGUAUCACUUCUCAUCUCAUUGUAUAGUAUACCUGGUGGAUCUGUUUGGCACCGUCAUUGAGCAACAAUACACUCCACAGCUGUGGGCUUACAGUAAUGCAAACAUUGGUUUAAAAAAAAUUGCGUGUGGAGAAUUUAUGCAUAGUUCGUGACGCAGAAAACUUGAGCAAAUACGGAGUAUACUUCGCACUGGCAAGAAUUAUCCUUGAUUUCGGGAAGUUCAUUGGUCAUUUGCGCUCAACAAGAAAUGUAAUUGUUUUUAUAGAAUAGCAGGUGAUGUAUUCUUUCAUAGUAAGGUUAGGCCAAUGCUUUUGGUAGUAAAUUAAACUGUAAACUAGCUAAAUAAUUAUUAACACCAGGACUACCUAAUGCUACGCUAGGGGUUAGGGUUAAGUUUAGGAGUUAGGUUAAAGGGUUAAGGUUAUGGGAAGGGUUAGCUAACAUGCUAAGUAGUUGCAAAGUAGCUAAAAAGUAGUAAGUAGUUGAAAAGUUGCUAAAAUUGUCCGAGAUUAGAUUUGCACUCGCAACCUUUGGGUUGCUAGACGUUCGCGUUAUACGCCCACCCAUCCAUCCUCCUUUCGUUUUUCACUUAAGUAACCAUGUCUUAUGUAACCAUACCAAACGUAACAUAUCAUACUAACUGGAGUGUCUCGGAUUUACAUCCAGAAUAAUACGAAAUGCUCCGAGACCAGGUUGUAUUUCACAAAUCAGAGAAUUUCGCAGCAUAAAUGUGCAGGUAUUAUUGGGGAAGCUGUAAAUGCUAUGCUCUUAACUGUGCCAAAUAAAUGAAACAUUUUUUAAUAUAUUCCAAGAGCAAAUCUCAUGUGAAAAUGAAAACUCACUGCAUGUAAAUAUUUUCCAGAUUGUUUGUGAUUUGCAAUGUCUCCAAGAGAGUACACUGUCCCAUCAGUUUCAGCAAGGUGGCAUCAACAUUGCACAACCACAAUGAAAAAGGUUACAAUUUCCUACAAGUUCUAUUUCAGCAUGUCUCUCUUACCUCCCCUACUUUUCAGGUUGUUUUGAUGGCCGUCUUGUGUCUGACAAUGAGUAUCCCCGUCUUCCAUUCAUGAUGACGUCAUACCUGUAUCCUAAACCAGGCGCAGAGAGCUGCUUCAACGAGGCACUGUACGAGAAAAAAGCAUGCAUUAAGACAACAUUCACCACGUUAAGGGCCCGGUUUAGUUGUUUGAAGGGUCUCCAGAGCGUGUGA